AGAGGCACAUUUCAGCAAACAUGUGGGCAACAAUUCAAUGUUCAUUGCACAAAUAGAGCAGAUGAAUUUAAACUGGAUUAAAAUAAAAUUGCUAAUAAAACCCUUAAAAUUGAGUUUAAAUUCUUGACUUUCUUUUUACAGGGGUGCCCGAUCUGAAGUGCAUUUUGUGCGUCUGUCAUCUGAUUUUGCAUUGUUGACAAAUUCGAAUGGGAUCAUAACCUCAAUUUUCGUGCCGAUCAACAACAUAUAAGUCGUAGUAAGAAAGUGAAGUGAAUUCCUGUGAUAUUGUAUCAUUGGCAAUAUGUCCAAAGAAUUAAAACAGUUGAUUAAGGAUGCCAAACAAGCGUAUGCUGAGAAACAAUUCAAAAUUGCUGAAGAAAAAUGCCACGACGUACUAAAGGCAGAUCCGAAGAGUUAUCCGGCCAAUUUAUUACUGGGAGCCAUCUAUAAAGAAAGUAACCCAGCACAGGCAGCGAAUUUCCUGUUCAAAGCCAUCAAAUGCACAGAUGACCCAAAUGCUCUGAUCUCUCCAUUUCAAGGCCUUUUAAAAUGUGUACAAAACACUGAAUUACCCAAUGUGUGCAAACAGUAUUUGCAACGAGUGCCUUCAAAUUAUGAUAAAGUGCAUAAGCAAUUGGAAGAGUGUGCAUUAGUAACAAAAACAACGGUCUCCUGCAUUGAAAUUCUCCAGAAUGAAGUGAAUAACACUGCCAACAAUGAAGAGCGCAUACGAUCGGCGUACAAAAGUUUGGUCGAAAUUUAUAUGACUUGCAUAAAUAUCGACAAAACCUGGCUACAGCUGUUCCGUAAGGCAUUCGAGACAGUAGUUAACGAUCAAACCAUUCGUGAUCAUUGCAAAGUGUACAUCAAAUACUUGAAAAUAUUGAAAAAUUCUAAAGAUUAUGAAGCACUUUUGAAAAGUGCCAUUCACAUGUUAGAGAUUUAUCCGAAGGAAUUUAUACCACUUGAGAUGGUAUGCUGGGUAUAUGUAAAUGAAUACUACGAAAAAGAUUUGCCGUUUGAGGAGAUUGUGCCAAAAUCAAUCGAAGAAUAUGCCGAUGAAGUGCUUGAAAUGGGCGGAUCACAUCCAUCAUUAUAUGCCCUGAUAGCAAAGGGUAUUCACUUGUAUGACACGGAAAAUUACGUGGCUGCCAGGGACUUUCUCAAUCGAGCUAUUAACAUUUCCAAUGGCGAUGCGCUGUGUUUAAAACUACUCGCUGAUACGCACCUCAAACUGCAUGCCUUUACAUUGGCUGAAUAUUGCUACACAAAGACCAAAGCAAUAAACUUGAAAUAUUUGCAAAGUUUGGUGGGACAGAAUAAUGCGGCGAAAUGCCAAGAGGCACUAGCGGCUGUGUCAUCGGUUGAGAAUGAAACGCUAACGGAUGAAGAGAAGAUUGAGUUGACAGUGGUUUUGAUUAAAUCGCUAAUACAAACGGAUGAACUGAGUAAAGCCGAUGAAAAGUUGCAAUCAAUUUCAUCAGAUGUGAAUCGUUACAACAAUCUGUUGGUCUACAAGUUACAGCAUCAGAGUCAAUAUGACAAAUGCCUUGAGCUGUUGCAAUCAUUUGAAAAUGAGUCCGGUGAAUACUUUUUGCAGCUAGGUGAAACUCAUUUCAAUUUGUCCCAUUAUUCCGAUGCAUUGAAUGCAUUUUUGAGAGCGACCAAAUUGGAACCAUACAAUGCCGACUGUUUCUUUUGGUUGGGCAAAUCUUACCUGCAAAAUGGUGAUGCGGAACGGGCAAGAAAAUGCUUUGAAAAAUGUGUCUUUUUGAAUCCACAACAAGAGCAAAGUGUGAUUCUAUUGAGCACCAUUUAUCGCCAGCAUUUGGAAUGGGAAUUGAAUGAGAAACUUUUGCAAAAUGCUGCGCAAGCCAUACCAAACACACCGUGCAAAUGGGCCACAUUAUUGUUGGGCUUUCAUCAUUUGGCACAGAAUCAAUUCGAUGAUGCGAUCAACGCGUUUCGAGCCGUUUUACGCAUGGAUGCCCUGCAUUUUGCCAGCUGGGAAGGUCUUGCCGAUUCGUAUCUCAAACGUGGUUCGUACAAUUCGGCACUCAAAGUCUAUCGAAAGAUUUGUGAAUUGGCCGACGAUAACAUCUAUGCACAGUUGCAAGUGGCGAAUGUUUUAACCACUAUGAAACUGCACAAGGAUGCUAUUUUGGCCUAUGAAAAUGUACUGAAAGAUCAUCCCACUUAUAUGCCGGCACUGAAGGGAAUAGCCGAUGCACAUCUCGGCAUUGCCAACUACUAUUUGGAACAGCGUUUGGUUGGCAGAAGCAAAGUUCAUGCCGAAGAAGCGAUUCGCUAUUUGAUUAGCGCCAUCGAAAAACGAAAUAAUUUCAUCUGUUUGUGGCGUAUUCUAGCCAAUUGUUUCGAUUUCAUCGCCGCGUUGCCAAUCUCAAAGGCAGUGCUUACCAUUCCUGGCUCGUUGGCAAAUGAAAGCGAUGAGUUUGUUACGCUUUGCGGUGAUAAACUAUACGAAUUGGCAUCGAGAUUUUAUUGCCGCGCCAUCAAAUUAAGUGCGUCCGAUUUAUCGCUGUGGUACGAGCUCGCAUUGAAUUAUUACAAUCGUUCAAUAAAAUAUGGAACGAGUGAGACGCGUAAAAAGUAUUUGGAUCUAGCCGCCGAAGCGGCAAAGCAUAUAAUUAAAGCGGCGCCACACAAAUGGAAAUACUGGAAUCUAUUGGGAGUCAUUUGCACAACAAAAGAUGUGCAAAAUUUGCCAUUGGCGCAGCAUUGUUUCGUAAAGGCCUUGGAAUUGGAUCGAAAAUUGGCGGUAGCCUGGACAAACUUGGGCAUUUUGUAUUUAUCACAGGGUCAAAUAAAAUUGGCAAAUACGGCAUUUAAGCAAGCCCAACAAUCCGAGCCCACGUAUGCAAAUGCAUGGACCGGUCAAGCACAAGUCGCUGAAAUACUGGCACCAAACGAAACAAUCGAUUUGCUUCGACACUCAAUUACACUGGGCUAUCACGAUGAGUCAGCCAUACAGUACGCCUAUUGGGUUUGUUCGCUACUCAACGAUUCGGAGAAUCAAAAGCGUACACAAUACUAUGUUGAGCAUUUGAAUGCCAUUUCAUCGGCAAUUGACUCAAUCACCUGGUACAGUAAUGCAAAUGAAACAAACAUAACAUCGGAGGCGCUAUCAUUUUUGGGCUAUUUAAAUCACAAUCAACGCAACUGGCGCAUCACAAUUCCCACUUUUCAAGCGGCUACCCAACAAAUUGAACAAUCACCCAAACGAGAUAAAAUGCUAUGCAACUUAGCGUACAGCCUACUCAAAGACAAUCGACCUAUUGAAGCUGUACAAGCAUUCGAGAAUGUAACGGAAGCAACAUUCCGUUCCACAAUCGGUUUGGCUCACUCGCAUUUCAAGGCCAAACAAUAUGAAAAUUCGUAUGCCGUUUACGAAAGUGCGCUGGAGUGUCUGGCUAAAAAUGAUGCAGAAAAAUUAUACAUUUUAGUCGCGCUGUCGUCAAUGGUCUAUGCAUUCCAAGGUGAAAAUGACGCUAAAUCCGUUCUGUUUCAAUGUAUUGGUCAAGAAAACCGACCAAUCGAAGCACUUUUGUCAGCAUGCGCACUUGGCAUUCUUCACAAUGACAUUGAAUUGUCCGAAUUGGUACUGAAAGAAUUGAAGGAGUAUGAACGCGAUGAUCUCUGGUGUCAUCACAUCGCAUUUUUAACAGCCGAAUUAUACUUGAAACGGAACGAAAAGGCAAAAGGGCUCAACUAUUUGUACUCACAGAUCCACAAUUUCCCCGAUAAACCAUUGUUGCGGAAAGUGUUGGCCAAUUAUCUCCUGAACAAUAUUGAAAAGAACGAAAAGCAUUCGACUGCCGCCACUCGAAUGGUUCAAGGAACUAUUGUCAUGCAGCGGAAACAUUCGAAGCGGGAAAUGUCAUCGAUGGAUGUGGCCAAGCUGCUGGUUCUGGCGAGUGAAGCGAUGCGAUGCAUAAACCCAACAAAGAGUAAACAUUUGGUGCAGAAAGCCAUUCAUGCGAAUCCUUUGUGCCGAGAAGCUUGGGCAGCCAAGCAACUACUGUGUGCAUGAGUUUAUAUGAUUUUUAAGGGGAAAUCUAAUCAUGAUUAGCGAAAGUUAUAAUUUUUUUUCUUACAUUUUCCAUAAAAUGGUUCAAUAAAAAACAGCAUAAUUUUCAUAACAAAA